AUGAGUGGCAACAAAAAUGAUGUAAAGAAGCUCAUUAAUAAGGAGCAAAAAAAAAAAAGGAAGAUAGAAAAGGAAAAAGUUGGAAGCGAACGAAAUGGUCAAGAAGAAAAUAAUGACCAUGUUAAUAACAUUUGUGAAGAAUUACCUGACCAGUCAGAAGAAAAAGGUGGGAAUGGUCAGGAAGAAAAUAAUGAUCAUGUUAAUAAUGCUUGGGAAGAAUUACCUGACCAGUCAGAAAAAAAAAGUGGGAAUGGUCAGGAAGAAAACAAUGAUCAUGUUAAUAAUGCUUGGGAAGAAUUACCUGACCAGUCAGAAAAAAAAGGUGAAAAUGGUCAAGAAAAAGAGAGAAAAAUAAAAAAUGAGAAUAAUAAAAAUAACGAAAGUAACAAUAGUAGUGUAAAUGAAAAAAAAAUAAAGAUAAAUGAAGAAAUUAAAGAAUUCAUACAAAAACGAAUACCAAAUAUUAGUAGAGAUUUAAGUGUAGACGUUUCAGUAGCAAUACCAGCAACAAUUAUAAACAAUAAAAAUGAUGUUAUAAAAUCAUAUUUAUCAAGUUAUUUAGCUAGAAUAUUUACAAUUUUUUCAAUUUCUAAAAUAUAUAUAUAUGAUGAUGGAUUUGAAAUAAAUUGUAAUGAACGAAAUGAAAUAAAAAAUACAAUUUCUCAGAAAACAAAUAAAGAACAUUUUUCUUGUUCAAGUAGAGAAAAUAAUGAAAAAAAUGAAAAUAAUAAAAAUAAUAAAAAUAAUAAAAAAUUUGAAUAUUCUUAUUUAUGCAAAUAUUUACAUUUUAAUCUACAAUAUUUAGAAACGCCACAAUAUUUACGAAAACAUUUAUUUCCUAUUACAAAUUUUUUAAAGCAUUCUGGAAUUAUGAGUCCAGUAGAUGCACCUCAUCAUUUAAGAAGUGAUGAAUGGCUUCCAUUUAGAGAAGGAGUUGUUAUAAAAAAAAAUUCAAAUAGUAUAAUUGUUGAUGUUGGUUUGUUUUCAAAUGUUUUGGUAGAAAAUAUUUAUAAUAUAAAUAUUGGAACUAGAGUUACUAUUUUAUUUGAUUCAUAUGCUUUUAAUAAUUUUAAAAAUAAAAACACAAAAAAUUUAUUUAUAGGAAAAGUUAUACAUCCAUCAAUGCCAAAAUUGUAUAAUAUUUAUUGGGGAUAUACUAUACAUAUUUUAAAAAAUCUUACAGAUGUGUUUGAUAUACAAGUAGAUUGUAUUAUUGGAACAUCCGAAAGAGGCGAUCCUAUUCAGGAUCUUAAAACGCAAAUUAAAAGUGCCAAGUCCAUCCUGAUUGUGUUUGGAAACCGAGACGGAGUGGAAGACUUGUUUAUCAGAGAGCGAGAAAUGAAAAAAAAUAAAAUGUAUACUGGAAAAAAGCGAAUAAAAGUUUUGAAUAAAAUAUUAAAAAAAUUUGACUAUUUUAUAAAUACUUGCCCAAAACAAACCUCAAGAACAAUAAGAACAGAAGAAGCAAUAAGUAUAACAUUGUCUCUAUUUCAAAAUAUUCUAAAUUAA